AUGUUCAAAUAUAUAAUUUCCGUACCAUCCUCUUCAAUACCAAGCCAAAAUUCAGCUAACAGUAAUCACAACAGGGACCCAAAUAAGCGUCAAAAUCCAGCUAACAAUGAUCGUAGUAGGAUACAUAUAAGAGUCAAAACUCAUAUAGUUCAACUAGUUCUACAAGUCCUGGCGAAAAAAACUGAUAGUGGUGGUAUUAGAGAUUCAACCACAACAGAAACACCAGAGUAA